AUGGAUCGUCGGGCGCCUCCCCCUCCUUCCUCGCUCUCCGGCGCCUCGAGUCCCCGCUGCCGCUUCGACGCGGCGUGGAGGGCGCUCCGGAGGCGCGGCGCCGCGGCCGCGGCGGCCCUCGGGCGGGCGCUCGGCGCGCUGCUCACCUUCGUCUUCGCCGUCGUGGGUUCACUGGUCGGGAUCUUCAUCGGUGCCUUCAUGGGGAUGUCCACGGAAAGCGGCAUGCUCCGGGGCGCCGGCGUGGGGGCGGUCUCCGGCGCAGUCUUUUCUAUUGAGGCUGUUGAAUCCUGCAUCGAGAUUUGGAGAUCUAGCGAAUCCGGAAAGUAUAGCUUUCUCUUUGUGCUAGACAUCAUCUCUAGCCUCUUCAGUGGACGAAUUGUUUGGGAGAAGGUCAGUCCAGCACUCCAGCGUGCAGUGCAAAGUCAGAUGAGUUUAAUGAGUACACCUUUCAUUGACAACAAUGACCUUUUCGAAACCGGCUGCACGGGUGGUAUGUCAAGAGCCCUGAUCAAUAAGAUCCCAGCAAUCAGGUUCAGCGCUGCAACCGAUUCUGAUCAGGAAACCAAUAAGAGCUGCUGUUCUGUAUGCCUUCAGGACUUGAGACCGCAGCAAUUUGUGAGAGCCUUGCCUCAGUGCCAGCACAUUUUCCACGUGCGAUGCAUCGAUGACUGGCUUCAGAGGAACGCCUCCUGCCCACUGUGCAGGGCUGGUGUUCACAUAGACCACCUGUGCUUAUAA